GGUUGGGCGGGUCUGGUUCGUGGUUAUUAAACAUGAGCCCCUCAGCUGACCACAGCAGCUACCCGCUCACAAAUUGAGACGGGUAAUCUUCUCCCAAGGAUCAGCCAAUGUAACCAAGACUUGCUUACCAACUCAAACGCUAUCAUCCCGCUGCCGAUUAGGUUCCAGGCCAUCCAUGACUUCUCCACCCACUCGGUCAUGGUGGUCCUCAUCGGUUGAAUCUACACUAACAUGGCCGAGCGUUCGCCCCUACCACCUCUUGAAGGCGCCUCUGACCUCGGUUAUUGACAUGAACGACGACUUUGAGGCUGUAAGGCUGAAUGCGGAUCCUCACUAUGCUUCGGUUCGUCUGCCAGUUCAUCUCCCCCCUCCCAAUGGGGCGCUUGAUGAUCGAGCCGAAAUGACGCAGCUUAUCGAACGAUUCGUCAAGUACAUUCACGCUAAGCAGCCCCUGGUCGACCUCGGGGUUCUCUACAGUCAGAUCUCCGUGGUAGAGGAGGAAGGGCUUGGCUGGGAUGCACCUACAUGUCUGCUGGUAGCUACUGCAAUCCCCAAGUGCCUUAAUAGUUGUGAGACGUUCAAUUUUAGCUGACUAUCAAAAUAGUUAAUGGCUUGUGCCCUAGGGAGUAUCUGCACGCCAUAUGACCACAGCAAGUUAGAGGAGUACUCAGAGGCGUCAAUAGAUCCGGAACAGUACCUGCGCAGCCGCGAGUACUUCGAUGCCGGCCUCAAAAGACUUGGUUUCAUUAUGGGCCAUGCGAGCAUUGUCGGUGCACAGUGUUUCUUCCUGACUGCUGGGUACUACGUAACGACAUUCAAACCGCUCGCCUCAUGGAGAUGCUUGAACAACGCGAGUAUCAUGUGCAAAGAUGUAUUGACCAAGAGCCUAGGCGGGUCAGCCAUGAUUCAGGCGGCUUUGGGGAACACGAAGAAGAAGCCUGAUAAUGCACAUCGUAAACUCUUCUGGAGUUGCCUCAAGACAGAGAGAGAAGUCGCCUCUGAACUGGGGCUUGAAAUUGCAAACGCUCAGCUGAUUCAGUAUGAGAACAUGUCAUCCCUUCUACCGGACCUAGAGCCUUCAUGGUCAUCCCCUUCUGGCAUGGGUGGCAGUUCUGAUUCAUCGGCCGUACAGCACGAGCAGAGCUGGAUGUACUACUUGACAGACAUCUCGCUUCGGAAGCUAGAGAUCCGAAUCGAAUCAUUUUUCGCCACUCAACAGGCAGAGCAACACCAACCAGUCAACGUGGACCGCGAGUCAUUCUACCGAGACAUUCUCAACACCCUGUCAGAUUUAGAUAACCAGAUCAUGGUACAUUUCGUUAAUCUUCCGGAUUCUAUCACCAUUGAGACGGACGAGUCCGGCCAUUCCCCCGACGACCUGCGAGAAUAUUUGAGGCUCCGAUUGAUUAUCAUUCGCCACACACUGAGCAGGCCUGCCCUCCACUUCAUUCUUCAUCGAGACCUCGACGGACUAUCCAUGUCGCUACAAGCCCAGGCCAACGAGCUUGCAAAUAGAGCUCUCCGGAUCGAUAGAUACCUUGUAACCCAUGGACUUACUACACAUCGCCACCCCGGGACCUGGCUCGGUAUUCGUUACUGUGCAUGUGCGGCUUUAGAGAUCAUAGCCACAGCAAAGAGUGGUAUACCGGGUCUAGACUGUCUUCCAGUCUGGGAGCCCGGCAUGCAGAAGUUGAAGAUUGCACUUGCGUAUUGGGGUGCUGAGAGUGCGGAUGCCAGGAUGUAUCUUGAGUGGAUUGUGCGCUUGGAAUCACCACCGCUAGAAACUGGUUGUGAGACUGGUGUUUCAGCCAUGGAUGCUGAUUGAAGGCGCGGAGAAAUCUAAUCAUUCCAUGUCAAAUUGGCUGAGCAAAUGUCCGCACUUCCAUGUAUUGGUCCCUUCGUCGUGUGAUAGUAGCAUGCUCGUGUGACCAGCAACCAAGUAACGCCAGUCUGCAGGCAGCUUCAGUGAGUGGCAAUGGGCAAAAUCCAUCUCCCCACAGGCUGCUUUUGUUUUGGCGUAGUAUACUGCAAGGAGUGUCAGGCAACCUACGUACGAAAAACGGUACGAGAACUCUGCUUCAGGAUUGUGGCAGGUUGGAUUGCUGGAUGCGGCACUACGGCUCGACAGAGACUCUCUA